AUGGCCACCGACGCUUUUGGCGAACAGAAUCUUCCCCUUGACGAAAUUCCGCAGGCGGGAACAUUUCGGAACCGACCGCAGUAUUCGCACCUACCACCGAGGCGACGAGAACGUUCAAGAAGGCUGGAUGGGAACCUAUCCGAUAGUUCAAGCAGUUUCGUUAGGCAGGGCUCUGCAGAAUCGAAUUACAGUCAGCCGUCGUCAGAUUUGAGUCUCGACGAAGAACGGGAGGCGCUGAGGCGGGAGACUGAAAGGCAAGCGUUACAGCAACUCGAGAAAGCCAAAAGUAAGGCGGUAGCAUUUGCGGUUAGAACCAACGUCGCUUAUGAUGGGAACGCCGACGACGACUCACCAGUGCACGGAUGCGCCAUCUCUUUCGGCGUCAAGGACUUCCUCCACAUCAAGGAAAAGUACAAUAAUGAAUGGUGGAUCGGACGUCUAGUUAAAGAAGGGUGUGAUAUAGGUUUUAUACCUAGCCCAGUUAAAUUAGAAAAUCUUCGACUGCAACAAACCCAAACGAGAAACACUAAGCUCUAUUCUAGAGGUUCAACACCUCCGACACCCGACCAGAAUGGCCUUGACAACCAGAUGGGAGCGGAUGACAGCGAUAGUGCACGCGGCGGAGGGAAAGUCGGUGCGUCGCUUACGACGCCACCGCCGAAUAAGGAGAAGAGAAAACCUUUCUUCAAGAAAGCUGAAAACAUUCCUCCGUACGACGUCGUUCCAUCGAUGCGACCCGUCGUGUUGGUUGGGCCAUCUCUCAAAGGCUACGAAGUCACCGAUAUGAUGCAAAAAGCGCUUUUCGAUUUCCUCAAGCACCGCUUCGAAGGGAAAAUUAUCAUUACUCGAGUAACAGCGGACAUCUCGUUGGCGAAGCGGUCAUUACUGAAUAACCCUAGCAAACGAGCCAUUAUGGAAAGAUCCAACUCCAGAUCUUCAUGUCUAGCUGAAGUGCAGAGCGAGAUUGAACGUAUAUUCGAACUAUCCAGAACCUUGCAGCUUGUGGUCUUAGACUGCGACACCAUUAACCACCCAUCUCAACUCGCGAAAACAUCGUUGGCGCCUAUCAUGGUUUAUGUCAAAAUCUCCUCGCCAAAAGUGCUUCAACGAUUAAUCAAGUCUCGAGGAAAGUCACAAAGUCGCAAUCUAAACGUACAGAUGGUCGCCGCUGAGAAGUUAGCACAGUGCACUCCGGAGCUUUUCGACGUGAUAUUAGACGAAAAUCAAUUAGACGAGGCAUGUGAGCACUUGGCCGAAUUCCUUGAUGCGUACUGGCGAGCCACGCAUCCGCCCAUCAUCGUGCAAUCGCUUCAACAGCCUCAAGCCAGCAGUAGUCACGUACCAACUCGCCAUACGACGAUUCAAUCUCCGAUAGACCACCACACAAGCUCCGGGGCGCACAUGGUAAGGCCUCAAAGUCCCCCUAACCACCCAAACCACCAUUCCCACCACCACCUCAACCAAAGACACGCCCCACGCCUUGAGAUUUCAUCGCCGGGAAGUGACGAUUAUAAUCAAUACUACUCCCAACAACAGCAACCACAUUCUACAGGACGAAGUCAACACGAACAGCGAGGACCACCUCCGCCGAUUCCGACCUAUCACUCGCAGGGAUACGACAGUCCUCCGAUGAGCCCCCCAGAACGAGAACCGCCUCCCAGAGGGCACGGUCACAGCUCGCACCAGAGGGACUCUCGCGGUUACCCUCCGGCGCCUAGCCGGGGCUACGCAAUGGAGCAAGACGAUUGGUGUGAUCGCGAUCCGUACAUGGACGAAUAUCCUGAAAACCGUAGAGAGAAUUAUCCGGUCAACGUGCUAUAG